AUCUAAAAUUUUACAUACAUGUUAUUUUUAUUAUUCAUGUCACUGUGGUUUUUCUUACAUUAUUGCUCCUCCAGUGUCUUGGUGGUGUUUCUUGUUUCAACAAGCAGAAAUCAGCAGAGACUGAAACAACGUUCUGCCUCAUCCUGCGGGCUGUCUUAAUUUAGGUUACUGACCACUGACCAGUAGUACGUCAUCAUCAUGCGACUGUCGCCCAGAGAGCAGGACGGUCUUCUGGUGUCACAGGCUGGCUUCCUGGCACAGCGUCGACUGGCACGAGGGGUCAGGCUGAACCAACCCGAGGCGGUGGCGCUGAUAUCUACGCAGAUGCAGGAACUGGCGCGGGACGGCGAGCGUGUGUCUUCUCUCAUGGAGAAGGGAAGGUAUCUCUUAGGGCGAAAUCAAGUAAUGCCUGGGGUGGAGGCCAUGAUCAAAGAAGUUCAAGUUGAGGCGACGUUCCCGGACGGAACAAAACUGGUGACAGUCCACAAACCCAUCGUCCGACAAGACGGAGAUUUGAACCUGGCACUGUACGGCACUUUCCUACCUGUGCCAGACGUUAAAGUAUUCCACCAGGACGACGAAAAUAUUCCUGAGCCUUCGACGUCAGAGAAAACGACAGUCUCUUCAGCUGUAAGGGUCACACCGGGCGAGUUGCUGCCCCUGCCAGGGGAGAUCACCAUCAACCAGGGGAGAGAAUCAGUGAUGCUGGAGGUAGUCAGCUUCUGUGACAGACCUAUCCAGAUCGGCAGCCAUUACCACUUCAUCGAGACCAACAAGUAUUUGACCUUUGACCGGGCUGCAGCCUAUGGGAAGCGACUGAAUAUUCCUGCGGGAACUGCAGUGAGGUUUGAACCAGGAGCCUCAAAAACUGUCAACUUGGUAGACAUAGGUGGAAACAAGAUUGUACGAGGAGGGAACAACCUUUGUGAUGGCCCCGUGUCCCUUGACAACCUCAAAGGCAUCAUGGACAAAGUCAAACAGAUGGAGUUCGGUCACAAGCCGCAGGACACAGUGAGCCCUGGAAAAGUGGAAAAGCUCUCUCGCCACCAAUAUGCGCACACGUUUGGUCCAACUGUUGGGGACAAGGUCCUGAGGGACGGCAUGGGUCAAGCGUCGUGUCUGCCCAGUGGUCAAGCGCUGGACACCGUUAUCACCAAUGCCCUUAUUCUGGACGCUGUGACCGGAGUGAUUAAGGCGGACGUCGGGAUCAAGAAUGGUAGAAUUGUUGGGAUUGGCAAGGCCGGUAACCCGGAUAUCAUGGACGGUGUGGAUAAGCACAUGGUGGUAGGCGCGUGUACAGAGGCGAUAGCGGGCGAGGGUUUGAUCCUCACUGCGGGCGCACUGGACACACACGUGCACUUCAUCUGCCCUCAACUGGCCCGUGAGGCCAUCGCUUCUGGCAUUACCACGCUUAUCGGAGGCGGCACAGGCCCGGCCACAGGCACCAACGCCACCACCUGCUCCCCCGGGCCGGCUCACAUCAAACACAUGAUGCAGAGUACGGACAGUUUCCCGCUCAACUUUGGCUUCACGGGGAAAGGAAACAGUUCCAGCACUCAGGGCGUCUCCGAAGAGCUGUGGGCGCAGAUCAAGGCGGGAGCCAUGGGCAUGAAACUGCACGAAGACUGGGGUAGUACGCCGGCCGCCAUUGACGCGUGUCUCAGCGCCGCGGAGAAAGCUGACAUACAGGUGAUGAUCCACACGGACACGUUGAACGAGUCGGCGUGCGUGGAGAGGACUGUUGAGGCGUUCAGAGGGCGCACCAUCCACACCUACCACACUGAGGGCGCUGGCGGGGGGCACGCCCCGGACAUCAUCAAAGUGUGCGGUAUCCCCCACGUGCUCCCGUCCUCCACCAACCCGACCCGGCCCUUCACCGUCAACACUCUAGAUGAGCACCUGGACAUGCUCAUGGUCUGCCAUCACCUGGACAAGAACCUGAAGGAGGACGUGGCGUUCGCGGAGUCAAGGAUCCGGGCGGAGACAAUCGCUGCUGAGGACAUCCUGCAUGAUCUGGGGGCUCUCAGCAUGAUGGGUUCUGACGCUCAGGCAAUGGGCCGUAUCGGCGAGGUGAUCACCCGUACCUGGCAGACAGCUGACAAGAUGAAGGUGGUGAGAGGACAACUUGCCGAGGAGAAGGGAGACAGCGACAACUACCGUGCCAAGCGCUACAUCGCCAAGUACACCAUCAACCCGGCCAUAGCGCACGGGGUCUCCUCUCUCCUGGGCUCUGUGGAGAGUGGCAAGUUGGCGGACCUAGUCCUGUGGAGUCCUAUGUUCUUCGGGGCCAAACCAGAGAUCAUCAUCAAAGGCGGCCAGAUCGCCUGGGCACAGAUGGGUCUCGCUAACGCGUCCAUCCCUACACCUGAGCCCGUGAAACAGAGGAAAAUGUUCGGAUCUUAUGGGAAAGCUGUUGGCCCUCAGUCCUACGUGUUUGUUAACAAGGUGGCAGUUGAGAGUGGCUCCCUGUCCAGUUACGGACUCAGCAAAAACCUGUUCCCAGUCCAGGGAUGUCGCGCGGUCAACAAAAAGGACAUGAUACUCAACGACUUCUGCCCAAUACUCUCUGUGGACCCUCAAACGUACAGUGUGAAGGUGAAGAAGGAGGAGACAGACAAAGACGGCGAGCUGCUGACGUGUCUGCCCUCGGAGCGGCUGUCACUGGCACAGAGAUACUUCCUCUUCUGAUCUGGCACUUUGCAUUUGGCACUUGGCACCUUGCACUCACCACAUGUCACUUGCCGUAUGUCUCAUGUCACCUGUCACUAGCGACCUGGCACAUAUCAUCUGUCAUCUGUCACAUGUCAUUUUUCCCUUGUCACAUGGCAUAUGUCACAUGGCACACGUCAUAUGUCAUCUAGCACAUAUCACAUGUCAUAUGCUUACGUCGUAUGUCAUCUUUUACUGUCAUCUAGUGCAUGUCAUUUGCCACCUGUCACCAUGGCUGUGUUGGUCCAUUGGUGCUCACACUCUCUCUAUACCACAACAGGCCUCCAUCUCUCCCUUGUCUCUGCUUUGUUGUAUUAUGUCAUUAAGUUGUAGACUAGUUUCGGAGUUAACGUUUUCUUUGUAUGAUGUCUGAACUCUACGCCCCAGUUAUUUCUUAAGUGAAAUACGAUGCGAAUGAUUUGUGUUCGAAUCAUCAAGAGGGUAAGUUCGGGAGGGGGGGGAUGAUGCAUUUCUGAACUUGGAUUGUUUUUUGUUUGUUUAAGCUAGCUCUUCGCGCACAUUUUUUUGCUGGUUUCUAAUAAAAAUGCUCCUAGAAUUAGCCACAGCCUAUUGGAUACCCUUGUUGUUUGGAAAUGCCAGAUUGGUACCAAAACACAGUACCGCACAGCACCAUAAUAUUAUUAUACAAUGGUUAUUAACCAGUUCGAGUUUAGUAUUUAAAUAAAAAGCACAAAGGAGGCGUUUUCGUAAUUUAUAAUUUUUGUUGUUGUAAUUAACUAUAAUCACGCGUUUUGUUGUUUUUUAAAGAAAUAUAGAAACCCUGUGAUUUAUCAUUGUAUGUCAAGUUUUGAUAAAAAUGAAAAUAGAAAAACACUGUAGAGUUGGAGGUAGCGUUUCAGAUUGAGCUUAGUCUUAUUCUUAUUUCUCUUCUUAAAAUAGUAGCAGGUUUAGAUGAACAUAAUGUACUGCCCGAAUUUUAUAUAUAUAUAUAUAUGAUGUUGUGACUGUUGGAAAUCUUAACUGACAAUAUUUCCCCUGUUGUACUGUUUACAAUAACAAAAUAUGAUGAUGUAUAACCUGGCGCUCGCAUUAAUUAUUCCUAAAUGUGCAUCUGCUUCUGUUGUAUGUUCUUAUGCAUCACAUAGAAUACUAAAUAAACAGGAAAUUUAUCUAC